UAUGGGAACUCACAGUUCAAUGACUGUUCAAUCUCUUUGUAAAAAUCGUGUGAAUGGCUAGUGUCGUGAUUAUCCAAGCCCUGGAGGGAGAUUAGAUUCUUUCAAUCUUAUUUUUAGUUUUAGUUUAUCUGUGGUAGCCUACAUUCGCUUCUCCGCAGUCUGUUACACGCGCACGUCACGCGCGCGCGAACGCACUCACGCUGGACUGCAUGCGGAGACACUGGAUGCUGGAUAAUAUUAUGGAUUUUGUCAUGAAAUAUCUGGUGUUACUUCUCUUUUUGUAUUGUAGCAUUGAUAUCUCUCAGGGUUUUAAUGUGGGUACAUCUGGAGCCAAGAUCUUCUCAGGGGUGUCGUCAGAACAGUUUGGUUACACUUUGCAACAGUUCAGCAACAGUCAAGGAAAAUGGCUCCUGGUGGGUUCUCCGUGGAAGGGAUACACACAGAACCGAAAGGGAGACAUCUCUAAGUGUGACCUCACAAACCCUGGAACCAGCUGUCAGACGCUUAAUCUUCAAAAUUCUGUCAACCUGCCAACCGUCUCCAAUGGCAACAACAUCAACAUGAGUCUAGGACUAACUCUCACGCGUACAACAAAAAAUGGUGGAUUUAUGACAUGUGGUCCUCUGUGGGCACAGCUCUGUGGUAGUCUGUACUUCUACCCAGGAGUAUGUGCGGAGGUGAACCCACAGUUUUCUCUCCAGUCAGCGUUCUCACCGGCCAUUCAAAAGUGUGGAAGCCUUAUGGAUAUUGCCAUUGUUUUGGACGGAUCUAACAGCAUAUACCCGUGGGAACCAAUCGUUGAUUUCCUCAAGAAACUGCUGGGAAGCUUAGAUAUUGGACCUCAGAGCACUCAGGUCAGUGUCAUGCAGUACGGUGUUGAUGCCGCGUUCGACUUCUAUUUGAAUUCCUAUCAGACAAACGAGGCCAUGAUUCGAGCUGCUUCAGGUAUUCAGCAGAAGGAAGGAAUACUCACGAAUACGUUCCAAGCCAUUGAUUUUGCCAGAAAUAAUGCAUUCUUACCCCAAAACGGAGGUCGACCUGGUGCCACAAAAGUGAUGGUAGUGGUCACUGAUGGAGAGUCUUCUGAUAGAAACCUGAGGGACACUGUGAUUCAAGCAUGUGACAGGCAAAAUAUCACUCGCUUUGGCAUUGCGAUGCUGGGAUAUUACACAAGGAAUAAGAUUGAAACAAGUAAACUCAUAGCUGAGAUUAAGUCAAUAGCCAGUUCUCCAAUUGAGAAGUACUUCUUUGAUGUGUCUGAGGAGGCAGCCCUUAUAGAAAUUGUUGGAACUCUUGGAGAUCGAAUCUUCAACAUUGAAGGUGUUGGAAAGGCUGUUGGGGGUUUCUCAAUGGAAAUGUCCCAAGUGGGUUUCAGUGCACAUCAGACCAAAAAUAAGGAUGUGGUCUUACUGGGUGCAGUUGGAGCGUAUGAAUGGAUCGGCACCGUUGUUCACCAAACUGCUCAGAGAUCAGACGUUUUACCCAGAAAUGCUUUCGAGGAGGUGCUGGAGGACAAAAAACAUGGUUCAUUACUUGGUUACUCUGUCAGCGCUCUAACAGACGGAUCUUCUGAGUUUUAUGUGGCUGGUGCUCCUCGUGCUGUCCAUAAAGGACAAGUUGUAGUUUACACCAUCGACAGCAAGAAACAGCCGGUCAUCAUAGAUUCACAGAGAGGAGAGCAGAUCGGGUCUUAUUUCGGCAGUGUUCUCUGUCCUGUUGAUGUGGAUGCUGAUGGUGUGACUGAUGUGCUGCUGGUUGGAGCUCCAAUGUACAUGAGUGAAGAGAAGUUUGAAACAGGAAGAGUUCACAUCUUCUCUAUUACUAAGGGUAUUUUAAGUAACCAGGGUUUCUUGGAAAGCUCCCAAAAGAACGCUCGGUUUGGAAUGGCCAUCACUGCUGUCCCAGAUCUGAACCUGGAUGGUUUCAGUGAUGUGGUGGUUGGUGCUCCUUUGGAAGGCAAUGAUCAAGGAGCCAUUUACAUCUACUAUGGAAAUCGAAAAACCAUCAGAAAGCAAAGCUCGCAGAAAAUUCUUGGAUCCAAAGUGGACCGAACAUUGAGGUUCUUCGGACGUGCUCUAGAUGGCAGUACAGAUAUGAACGGUGACUCGGUCCCAGAUGUCGCUGUGGGGGGUGUUGGGAAGGUGGUCCAGCUCUGGAGCAGAGGAAUCGCGGUGGUCACGGCAAAGAGUUCCUUCACUCCUGAUAAGAUCAGUGUUUUGAGUAAACCCUGUCGAUAUGCCGGCAGGCAGGUGUCCUGCUUUAAGGCUAAAGUCUGUUUCAGCGCAGCGUUCAGGCCGAUAAAACCACAGGCUGUGGAUAUCAGGUACAAUCUGACACUGGAUGCUGAUCUACAGUCGUCUCGUGUGAGCUCAAGAGGUCAUUUCAGUAACUCGGAUCGAGUCGUGCAGAAGGACAUCAGCGUCACUGUGCAGGACACGUGUGAGGAUCAUGAAGUCUUCGUGCAGGAGAGCCCUGAUCUUGUCAACUCAAUCGCUCUGCGUGUGGAUGUAGUUCUGGGCUAUCCGGACGCAGACCCCGUUCUAGACGCCUUUAGCCCGUCUGCAUGGGAGUUUUUUAUCCCGUUCUCAAAGGACUGCGGGCAGGAUGACAUAUGCUUCAGUGAUUUAAUGCUGAGUGUGGAGAGUGAAGAUAAACUUGGCAAAACUCCACUAGUGGUCAGCCACAACAAGAAAAGAUUGUCUUUCACUGUGACGGUAAUGAACAGAAAGGAAAACGCCUACAACGCAAGAGUAUCUGCCAGUUACUCCAGUAACCUGUUCUACGCUACUGUUACACCUGUAACCGAUGGGUCAGAGGUAAAGUGCACUUUGAUGAAAGAAUCAGACACACUUGUUUGCCAAGUGAGUUAUCCAGCCCUGAGAACAGAUCAAUCGGUUUCAUUUGCGAUAGGCUUCGACUUUAACCUGAAUCAGCUACAGAAAGCUGCUGAAGUUGUCUUUGAGGCCGUAAGUGACAGCACAGAAGAAACUCCUGCUGAUAACAAGAUCUCUGUCUCUGUUCCUGUCCAAUACAACUCCGAGAUCAUCCUCAGCAGAGAAGCAAACAUAAAUGUUUAUUUACUUGAAAAAGAGGAAGAAACCUCAACCACAAUAAACUCCUACAGGGACAUUGGUCCAGAUUUUAAUUUUAAUCUGAAGGUUUCUACAGGAACCCUCGCAGUCAGCCCGGUGUACCUCGCCGUCUCACUGCCCAUCAGCACUAAAGCUGGAAAUCCUCUUCUGUAUGUCACCUCGGUUAAAACUUCACCCCCUGAAAAGAUACACUGUGCGGACAACCAUCUGAUUGACCCAUUUAAGAUCAACCAAAAGCCUUAUACUGCCAGCAUAACCGAGGAGAGCUUUAGAGGAACAAAGGAUCUGAACUGCAAAACGGCUUCAUGUCAGGCAAUGCAAUGUGUCCUGAAGGAUCUGGAGGAGAAGAGCGAUUAUUACGUCAAUGUCACCACCAAAAUAUGGAACGGCACUUUUGCAAAGGCUGAUUUUCUGUCCGUCUUACUUACCGUGGGAGCUGAGAUAAAGACAUCUCAAUCUGACUUACUGUUCAUUGAACAGAAGCAUCUGGAGGUUGAUGUGACAGUAAGCAAACCCGGAGCUAAAGGAGACGUUCCAGUUGGCGUCAUCGUAGGGAGCGUUAUCGGCGGACUGUUAUUAUUGGCUCUUGCUGUCGCAUUGCUGUGGAAGCUUGACUUCUUCAAGAGGAAGUAUCAACCACUGAUGAAGAACGCGGAGAACGGAGCAGAGGAUCAGGAACUGGAGGAGAACCUUUAGUGAAUUCAGUUCACUCCAUCAAUGAGGUCUAUGUGAGGCUGACACAAGAAUUAGUUCACACCAGUUGUCAUUCACAUGUAUGGCACUUCAAUCACGUUUAUCUUGUAUGUGCUUGAACGGUGUAUCUUUCACAUUGGACCUGAAGCCGCCUGUCUACUGUAUUAUGAUGUUCACAUGUAACUGGAGCGGAUACUGUUUGGUAAAUCCUUACCACCUCAGUCUAUUUGUAGGUCACCAUUGACUUUUAGCAAUUGUAAAUAAUAACCAGAGGCAUUGAGCCUCUGUCAUAUUGUCAUAUGCUGGCAUACGAGGAAUUCAAACUGACCUCGCUAGUGUAGAAACCCACUUAUCUCAACACAUUUGAUCAUUUAUUUUAGAUACCAAAUAAACGAUCAAAUGUAUCAAACUAAGCUACGUUUCCUAACGCAAUAUGCAGAGACAAAUAAGACAUUCAUAACCAGAAAGUGUAAAGAGUGUGGCGCGACAGCCAUAUGGUGAUUCUGGGCUAUCUGUUUGUUUGAGCAAUGGCAGACAAGCGGAGUGUUCUGGAAACGUGUCCGUCACUGCACUAACGAGAAAAUGUGAUGGGGACUGUUGUACAGAUGUGGUAUUGUGUACCGGCGCCCACUCCAUACUUGCACAAAUUCUAAGUACUAAUAAGAACGUAAACUGAACAUUCUCAGUAAACUGCCGUUUUUAAAAAUGUAACGUUAGAUUUGACAUCACAAUUCACAUGAUUGAAUGUUAAAUACUGUACUACUGAUGGGUGAAUUAUAAAUCAAUACAAUACUAUGGCACAUGAAUUCUACUGAUGGUGUGAUGUGUGUUGGGAAUCUUUGGGAAUAGGGAGUUUUUGUUCACGUUUACAUGUUGUAUUUGCACUGGUAUCUCUUUAGUACUUGUCAUUCUUUAGAAGAAACGUCAAUUCUGUUCUUUUCAUCAAAACAUUUAUUUUUGAUUAAUGAAAUGUUACAAGAACUUUGAGCUGUGUAUUUUUUCAAUAAAAACGUCUUGAUGCUUAA